AUCGUCGAUGGGCGGAGUUAACGUCCAGGCACCAUGGCUUCGGUAGGACCCGAGGUGAGUGUGUGAGCCUUCUCUUCACGGAGCUUGUUUCACUCUCACAUUGUUUUUCGAGCCUCGGAAAUUAUGUGUCUGUCUGGGAGUCAGAAACCCGUUUGUAAACAGGCGAAUGGUCGGUAUGAAGGAGACAUGUUGUCGUAAAUUGCCCGCUGCCAGCCUGGAGUCUCUAGCUUUUGUGCUGGACCGGAGGGCAAUUGAAUGUGCAGGAAGAUGCUCCACCCUGGAACAUGAAUAAGUCGUACUGGCGCGCUGUCGGGCUCCGCUGUAUAGUUGUGUCAUUCAUGUUCCAGACUCACGUUUCUGUCCUGCUUCUGUCCAGCUUUAGCGCUCCAAAAUAUAGUGAAGAUAGACGUGCACCAAUUUUUCCUCCCAGAUAUCAUUUGUAACUUAACCCAUAUCGUUUGUCACCGGCGUACUGGAUGCAAAUUUGCCCACUGUUGCUGUUUAGCUAGCUGCUAGCAUCCGCGCUAGUUAGCAGGCUGUGCACACCAAGUCAAAUCCUGACAAAACUGAUUAUUUUGAGGACCAUUCUCUCAAAACAAGAGGGGCAACUCUGAUAAACUGUGAACACUUCGGCCAAAUGUCUGGCUGGCGGUGUUUUGUAUUGACACGCGGUGGAGUCGGUUAGCUUCAUGAUCAUUGAUGCAGUCAAAUGAAGGCAACAUUGGCAGAGCCUCUCUGAACCUCCCACUGUAAACAUAUGGCGCCAGCUCUGCUUUGACUCCCUUUUGCAUCUUUUUUUUAUUUCUUGUCAUGCACCCAAUUUUUAGACCUAUUCCCCCAGGUACAGACUUGUCUUUGUUAGCCACUUGCAGUUGCUGUCACUACUUCAAGUCGGUAAGAAGCAGUCUGUUUCUGGCUGUAGUAAGUUGCAAGUGUUGGUUAAUGAAGGGUUCACAUGUGUGGAUGAAGUUGCUGAAUCUAUCACUCGGCUAUAGUGCUACUCGAGUGUGAAAAUGGACCAGACAUCAAAUCUUUGUGUUUUUUCCCCCUUGUCUUUGAGAGAUGGAUGCAGUGAUGCUCGGCAGAGGUCGCUCGAGUGUCGCUGAGAUGAUUUCUGCUCAGGGGUGCAGGGACUGUGUCAUGUGGAGAGGCAUAUGAAGGUGUGAAGCACUGAGUCCUGAAUCCACUUCAGCUGCACUCAUAAACUUGUCUUGAGUAUGUUGAUACAUUUGACACGAAGACGUGAAUGACUCCAAAGGGUCAUUUCAACUAAAUGUCAAAAACACUUUUCCCUACUUAUCUCAAGUAACAUUUUUUUAAGUAGUUUGAGUUUUAUCUAUAAACAUGAAGAUAAAUCUGGGUUUUUCAGAUGUCUAUUAACUCCUUUACUGCCAAAACCAAUUCAUACAGAUACUUAUGAGCGUUUAAGUUACUACUUACCCAUGCCUGAAAUCCACAGAAAACAUCAAAAUGAGCAAAAUGUCUGAUGAAAUAGAUUAGUUACAUAAGAUUGAGUUUUUUCUUGAAAAACUUGUCAAAAAUUGAUCAAUUCAUUGUGUAAAGAUCUCUCUUUAUUUAUGAAAAUGUCUGAGUUGAAUGUACAGUUAAAGGCUUUUGAUUUAGUAUUUAAACUUAAGCAGAUAUAUAACAAAGACACCUGUAACAGUCUGUUAUUUAGAAUUGCCUGUGACUACUAGGUACAAACUAAUAACACAAUUGAAAAGGGUAUGCAAUAAAGUAAAUGAAUGUAAAAACAAACAGAUACGAAGUGACACAAUAAGAAGAACAUAGAAGCAAUGAUUAAAAUAAUUGAUAACCAUGUGUUAGACAUGCCAAUUAAGUGUCAAAGAUCCAUCAAAUUGGCACAGUUCUCUGCAGAACAGAUUGUACGGCUGAUUUGAAGCAUGAAACUUUUCAGAAAAAUGAGCAUAAUGUAAAUCAACGUUAUAAGAACUAACAAUAAAAAACCAGACAUCAUACUUGGUUUUACUGACUGUAAUAAAUCAUUAAGUUUAACGAACAUACACAUCCUACAUUGAUAAAGCUGUGAAAGUGUUGGUGGGAAAAGAAGAAACAAAAAGUCACCUUUGUUAUCCCUGGUUUGCACAUGAACGUCUAUAAUAUUUGAAGAUUUUGCUAAAAUCUUAACGUAACAGACUGUAACUAAAGUUAAAAAAUUUGAUGAUGCAAAGUUUUUGCAGGUAAUUGAAUGAGUAAAAAGUACAAUGAAGUAAAGGAUACACUGCCUACUGUCUGACAUCUCAUAUGAGCUAACUCUCUUUGUUUGUUCAAGAUUGAUUACAAUGGGCUCCUAAGUAUAAACUUCCAGAAUAAAUGGUCACUUCCAGCCUCAAUGUUUUAAACACCAUGACUACCAAGGUGAGCAGAAAUUUUAGCUGGAGUUAGGGGGCCAUAAAGUUGGCCCUGUAUGGCUUUGGAUUAGAUCAUACAGGUGUUUCUAAUUUCCUGUACAGUCUGCGCGCAGUGGAAAUGUAUAGGGCUCAUUCAGCAACUCGGCUCAUAUGUGCAUUCAGCAAGGAGACAUAGCUGAAUGUCAGGGGGUGCUUGAGGCUCCUGGAGUACAAUGUUAAAGUGAAAUGGCUGUUGUUGGUCUUGAAUGGAUAUUAGUCAGCUGGCGUUAUGUCCUGUUUGACUUGGCCUUGGAUUUUAUAGCCACAAGGGGAAAGGGCACAACUACACGAAAUAUAUUUGCCAAAAAAAAAGGCAUGUAAAGAACCAUGCUGCAUACGUUGAACUUAUAAUAGAGGUGGAUCCCCAAUAUCUGCAUCUGUCUCAUGGUGGCUUAGAUAUUUCAGUGCAGACCAAUAAUGAAGUGGACUCUGAAUGGUUAAAAAACUCUACAUAGAGUGCAGGGCUGUUGGCAUGGUGACAGACAAGACCUUUUGCAAUAAUAUCAUCUGCUUUGCUUCAACAUUUUUUGGCUUUGUUGCUAUUUUGGAAGGCUUAAUGUGUUUCUCCCUGUUGUGUUAGUUUAAAGGUCAACACACACUUUCAGCCAAGAUUAAUACAAAUAUUUAAAAUUCUGUAGAUAGUGAGUUGAACAUUACAGCCUUGGUCCAGUUUGGCUCCAGUUUUUGUAGUUUACAGUAUGAGUCUUUGUCAGUCUGAAAUAAUCGCCUCUUUUCUGCUAGGAGUCCUGUUAUCGUAGCGUUGAACUAUACUGUAAGUUUAUUACUUUAUCUGUUGUGUUUGCUCUUUAACCAUUCUGUAUGUAACCUUUGUCUGUUGAUAAAGUAAUAUAAAAGAGAUAUUAGUUCAAAAUGCUUCAAACAGCAGAAUGAACCACCCAUGUGUGAAUCCAAUGGGUUUUGGACAAGAACAUGAACAAGGCAAGUUGUCAAAGGACAUCACUGAGUUCUAGAAAAAAAGUGAUGGGUUUUGGGCGAUGAAACUACGUCAAUAAUUGACUGGAGUGUUUUAUGAAUCAGAGUGUUUUGGCGACUAGAUGAGCUCAAUAGAGGUGAAACCCAACAAAGUAAAUUUGUAUUAUGUGUAAGGAAAGGCUUCUGAGUGCAAAAGCUGAAGGGAGGCGUUUGUAAAUGCACACAUUAUCCUCCUAACCCCUCAUAAUAUGGAUGUAUUAUGCUUUAUAAAGCCUCCCUCAGACACAUACUCCUGAAGUUUUAUAUAUAUUUUUAUUUCAGCUCCAGAAAUGUCCAAAAUGCUAAGUCUUUCACAGUUCACAAGGUUGACAUUAACAGUUAAGUCAAGCAACAGCGUGCAGCACAAUUAGACAAUGGAGUUGGACUCUUGUCCUUGUCUCAGUCUAUAGGCACUUGGUGAGAAUGCACAAAGUAUGUCUGCCUCCACCACAGUAACUGGGGACAUGCCCUUUCUUAGCUAAUUAUUACUAUUAGACAUUCCUCCCAUUGGUCUGUUACGCCGCAUGCCAAAGCACUCGACAAACAAGUCAGCAAGAGGCAAAAUCACCUAAAGUUGAGGAAGAUGGAAUCAAUUUAGCGUGCGCAUAGAUUCAAAUAUCAGCGCUCCAAAUGUCUGUUGUACAAUUAACAGGAGUCAUGUCACAAACUUUGCCGUACAGAUCCACAGCAUCUUAGGCCCUGUCCACAUGGAGACGAAACCGAGAUAUUGCCGCUUUGUCCUAAAUAAAAGUUUUCUGUAAAGAUGGAAUGUUUAAGGAAAUAUUUGCGUAAACACGAAAACCACAGAAAGCGACUGAAAUUAUUGUAGUCCAAAUGCCAAGCCAGUAAGUGGUGCUAUGACACUGCUCGGAAAUGCACCAAAAGACAGAAGAAGAGUAUAGAUCAUGCAUAUGUGACAUAAUUGUUUCAAGAGACGUAAAUUGGCAUCUACACGUAGAUGAAAUGGUGGUCGUUUAUGGAUUCAUCGAUCACCGAGUGCAGCGGAGCUUCGCAGCUCAAGGAAGAACAUUUAUGAUUAUUACUUCAUGGAAAUGUAAUCAGAUCGAGACACUAAGGCAGAAGAACUACCGCAUCUGCAGUGCAAAAUGAUGAUUCUUGAUAGAUACGUUCCGCUGCACUUGGUGAUCAACUUGUCAGGGCUCCCCCCACAAACAAUCAGCUGCUGGAAGUGAGUAGGUGAGUUGUGUUUGGUCUCUUUUCUAAAGAAACCAGGCAAAGCUAAAAAGAUGUUUGGUGGCUAGCACUAUGGCUGGGACCCUAUAUGUACUGUUGAUGAAGUUAGGUGCUGUUCUGAGCAUUAUUUGUGGCUAUAGAGUGGCGUUUUGGUUGAGGUUUGCGAGUGGAGACAUAGACCGCUGUGUAUUGCUAUUGAGCUAGAGAAGCAAGCGGUCGACAACAUUCAUCUCUUGAGGGGGUGUCUAAAUCAGUGUUGCGGUGUGUUUGACUAAAACUUAAAUUUACGCCGGAAUAUCCCUUUAAGGCCUCAAAACGGUUGUGAAGAAAACUGAUGAAUGACUGAGAAUGACAAAAAACUUAAUCCGCUUUAUGUCCCUGUUCUGUUGUUGGUGGCUUUUGAGCAUUAAUCAGGCAUUCAACCUUGAUGUCAGCUUAAUCUGUUAUGUAAUGUCAGUGAACUUCAUAUCUGUUGCAUGGCCUGGCAGCUUUUUGCAGCCAUUACCGGUUUUAGGCUCAGAGGAGACAAAAGACUCUCCUGUUGGGAGUUUCCGAUGAGGCCUGAUUGCCUUGGUUUAUAAUUUUUCACCCUUCAAGCUCCUUACUUACAGUCAGUAUACUUCCCAGACCUUUGCUCAGCUCUUACUAACUAUACAACCCUACAAACAAGACAUACCAAAGUAUUUUUAGUCUGACACAAAAAUCAAGGCUGAGGACAGUAUUGAAGGGGGUAACUGUAGCAGAGUGAAGCACUAAAACAGAACUCCACUUUGGGAAAAAUAUUGAGCAGUUUAAUGAAGAUAAGUAUGAAGCAUGAGAGCCUCAGGAGGACUUGUGUUGUGUCAGAGUUGUAUUGCAUCGCUGCAGUUUCACUGGUUUAAGAUUACCUGUUCGGUCCGUCUGCUCCAAUUGAUGUCCUCACUUGCAUUGAGGUCUUCCAGUCUAGAGAAAUGGAGUGGUGUUUCAGUUUGAACUGACUGAGCAUGCUCUGUGGAGACCCUCUGAAGAGGAGGACCAGCAGAGGGAGCCACCAGGUCACAUGACCGGCGAGGUGAAUGUGCAUGCGGGGAAAGAAAAGGAAAAAGAGGAACAAUCUGUUCGACACAUUCUCGCUCUCUCUCCCUCUCUCUGUCCUCCCCCUCUCCCUCUCUACCUCUCUCUCUUUUUCUCUCUUGCACACACUCCCUCACGCAGUCUCUGAUGCCUUCUUCUUCUCCUCAAUGGAGGCCAUGAGAAGAAAGCAGGUAUGAUGCUUCCUGGAGGGGAAAGACAUGGUAGCUCUCUAGUCCUCACAGUUAGUUGGCUUUGAAUGGUCUGAGGAGAUGCACUGUCUUCUUGCUUCACUGUGAAGAAAGUUACAAACAAUACGUUUUGAUAUCUCGCUCUCUUCUCGCUGGUUUCUUCUCUCGAGGCAGUUGUUAGUGCUUCAUCAUCAAGUGAUAGCUCUUGAUUGUUGACACUGUGGACUUAAUCUCCAAGAGCAAUGCUAUUUUCUCGCGAUGAAAUGUUGCUGUGUCAAAGAGAGAUCUGAGUGUGUCUUGUGUUAGAUCCUGUUUUUUUGGGAGACCUCCUCAUGGAUUACCACCACAACUACAAGAACUGGAACAAUCUCAGCACAGGAAAUAUGUCACACCACAGUGUGAAAGUCAGACCACCUGGGGAGAUGAGAAAACACCUCAGGGGUAGUUUUUUAUAUCUCUAAACUGAAUUUGUUUUUGUCAUACCUUUCCUUUGCUCUCUCUUGUUGUACAUUUCUUGAUCAGUAUAUCAUGAAGUCUUUAAGGACAGGAUGUGGGUAUGUGUGGUCCAUUUGAGGUGAUCAGGCACAUGCUGGAACAUCAGGCCAAACAAUGCAUGCUGGGGCUUCAAUGAGCUGUGCUAGCAACAGAAUGCAGGGUUUGAUUUUCUGGUUAUGUGUCAGAUCUUAAAAAUGCGCCAUGGGACUUUUUUGAGUUUUUGGGGUGGAUGCUGGGAAUUUUCAUUAGUUGACAAUCAAGAGGGAAUAUAGAAUAAGCUGAGUGAAAAAGGAAAGCAUUGUGCCAGGGAUGUCAGUUCUUUUGUGCUCUGCAGUGACAUGCAUGUAGUUGAUCUUGGAGAGGAGCCAUAGACCAUUUACCUGUGGGCCUACAUGUUUAUCAGAAAGAGAAUUUGCUUCACUUACUCAUUAUGAGUAGGGAUGGUAAUUGAAACCUGGUUCCAUCCCUGAGGACCUGGUUCUGCAUUUUUAAUAACCUGAAAAAUUAAUGAUGUUUGAGUUUAUGGAUACUGACAUCAAGCCUCAAACUUUCCCGUAAUCUAGUCGUAUGCCGAGUGGAAUCAUUGGUGCACAAACAUGCAUCGUUUAUCCAGUGCAAAUGUUGUAUGAAAUUAAACGCACAGCUGACAGGUAUUUGAUUUUUUAAACAGUACAUGGGAUCAUACACAUCCUCCUCCUCCUCUGUGGUAAUCACACCCAAACUUUAGCAGAACCAGGGUGUAUAAAAAUGAGGAAGGCUUGUCAGCAACUUAAAGAGGUGAGAAAAGAUUAUAUCAUAAUGUGUUCAUUGUUCAAAUGCGAUGUAAAGAAAAGGAAUAUUCAGCCUUUUUUAAAGCUACAUGGCUGUUUUCCCAGCAAUAUAAACCAGAUAUUAAAUGUGGACUAAAGGCCUGUUUAACCCCCUAAUAUCAAUGCUUAAAAAUCACUUUAAAAAGCAAAAUUAAAAAUACAAAUUCAAGAUUUUUUAAAGUAAUUUCAAAUAAAACAGUCAAUUAUUUCCCUGUCACUGAAAACACAACCCUUGUCAUGACCCUAGAUUGACAGAUUGUCAAGGAGUCUCAGUUAUAAUAUUAAUAUGAAUAAGAAUUGAACAAACUCCAUCUCUAAUUAUGAGCUGAAGAGUCUAUUCGCACAAGAAAACGAGAACAGACUGUUUUGGAUUGCCUUUUUCUGGGCCACUGAUAUUAAGUAAGGCUUUAAAUUUUGGGGAAGAUUGAUGUUAAAAUGGAUGCAGCAACUUUUUUGUUAAUCCUAUAAACAACAUUUGAUCGUAUCAUCACUGUAUCAUAUUUGUGCUUCUUGUCAUGUGAUCAUUGUCUCGAUUCAGCUUUAAUAGAAUUAAAUCCAGUCGACUGUGGGAACCACUGCGUCACAAGACCAGACAGGCAACUUUACUUUUGUUUUCUUUGACUGUGAGACCUGCAGUUGUGUACUUGAAGAUUUUAUCUGUUUUCAUAGACGGCACCUUCUGAUUGUGAUUGGAUAUGUCAGAGACAAAGGUGAAAUGUGCUGGUGCUUUGUAUUCUGGUAUUAUUGGCUUGUUUUUCAGGCCUGGCAGAGGAUUUUCAAUUGUGGACAUCUAGCUUUUGUUCACAUUACAGAGAGGGGAAACUGAAUGAUUGUUAGAAAAUGACAUAGCUUUAGUAAUAUUGGAUUUGCAGAAUAAUUUUUGGAGCUUUCUUACCGAUCCAAACUAGAUUGUGAGACCCCAACCAUUUGAGCCCUGGUUCUGCAGCCAUGUCAAAAGCUUUUUGGUCUAUUUUAACAUCUUUCCAUUUCGAAUGUGUUACAAAAGGUUCUUGAUGGACACACAGCAUAUUGGAUUCACGUUUGGAGCUUCUUUCUGCAGCCCCCAUAUCCUUUACCACCAGCCUUCAGACCCCUACUUCCUCCAUCUAGUGGAAAUCCGCUGCAAUGGCCACGUUGUGUCAGUAAACAAUCUGGUUGCGAAAUGGCGGAGAUCUGCAGACAGCCUUCUCUGCUCCCUUCCCCCCCUCCUCUCCUUUCUGUCUCCAGUGUGUAUGUUCCAUUUUCCACCACUAGGGGGAGGAAAAAGCCUGGUGUUUCUGUUGUGUAACUGGGUUUUCCUCAAUCCAUUAAAAAAAGGGACUGAAGGAUACUUCUCAUGUCACCCUCACAUGUGCUCGCCAGAUUCCUCGAGAUCAUACACCACACAGGAUUGUCCAAGACCUGAUGUUCUUUGGGAGAAAAGUCUCCCCAGCUCGGCUCUUGGUUCGACCUCAGUGCCGUUUGACAAGGUGCUCAGGGAUCAGGGACUCAGGAGCUUGUGUCUUGGUGUAGAUUUGGUAAAUGCGUCUUAAUGGUUCAUUCAGUUGGUGUCUCAGUUGUCUGUGGAUGUAAGGACACGUGCUGCCUGUCAAACCAGAGAAUGUGACAGUCGGUGUCUUCUCUGUUGCCUCUGUCUCUGUCAGGUCAUGAGAUUGGGCCUUUGGAUGAUCAAACUGUGUGUAUGCUUUUUACCUCUCUCUAGGUAUCCCCCUGGCCUCAAUCAGCACAUGGUCCUUUACGUGUACCUUUGUGCUGCUUGGUAGAAGUGUCACAUAAGGCUAAGCAGAGGAUAAACCUUACAAGCAUGUUGCUAAUCAAGGCCAAAGUGACCCACAAACAUGCUGGUGUGACAUCUGAUCUACACAGAUAACUCAUAUCAAACAGUAAAUCUGUGUUGUUUUGCUCUCGCGCCUCUUCAGUCUCCUCUGGGCCCGUUUUCCCCAGAGUGAGCACGAGGUUGAUCCUCUGCUCUGGAGGAAGAGACAGUUUUACAAUCCCUGGUGUUGCCUCUUCGAACACUUCCUCCUGUGAGAUGUAAAGACGGUCUGUGGGUGGUUGAGAUUUCUUUUGAAGCUCCGGCAGUGCAUCUACUGCUCUGCCGGUUGGCUGAAAGAAAGAGGAGAUAGACAAUGAGAGUGCACGGGGGUCGCCCUCUUUCUCUUGGCUGGCUUGAUUCUGACUAAGACGUAUCACUGAAAAGCACAAAGAGGAAGGUUUUUUAGCCAGCAGGUCGUGCAGUAAUGGCUGGUACAGACUCAGACUUUGACCUGGGAGACAUUUGAUCUGGUGUGGAGUGUGUCCCUCUGGCAAAGCCACCAGGCCCUGCCGUGGGUCCUCAGACGUCAUCCAAUAUUCUCCCCCAUAGCCGCACUGCAGGAGAAAAAGUGCUCAAGGCACUGGAUGUAAUAGGUGAAAUGAAGACAUUCACAGUCUUUGCAGGAUGUUUCCUGAUUCAGAAAGGAGAGGGAAAACGAUCGGAGUGACAGGAUAGUCAAGAUGUCUCUACAGUGCCUUCUUAUGGUGGCUGGAUGGUAAUGAAUAGGAACAUUGUGUCCCACUAAUCAGGGUAUUCAAGCACAUUAGUUAUUUUGGAGACUGUUACCGGGUAAUGUUGACUGUAAGAUAUUCACUUCAUUAGCUGUGAAUGUAUUUCACUGUACGAUAAAACCAAUAAUGUCCACUUGAGCUAAGAUUAUCCUCACUCUUCCUCUCUAUAGGUUUGAUUCUGCCUUUCAAGGGUACAGUUAGGUCUUCAAAGUGGUUCAGUUUUGACUUGAACACAUGCAAAUAUCUUGUUUUACCAGAGAGAACUUCUUGAACAAUGGGCAGUUGUAUGUGAGUCUCGAAAUUGUAAUAAUCAGGGGAAAAAAGGUCAAACAUCAGCUGGUUUUCUCAGUUUCACUUUACUUUAUACCGCAACAAAUAUUCUCACAAUCAGCUAAUCUGGUAAGUAAUUUUCCACUUGAGAAUCAAUCAAUUUGUGCAUGUGCAGUGCUCAGCAUAAACAAGUACACCCCUUCAGAGUUGUCAGAAAACCUUUCAUUUCCUUUCAAAAUCAACAUUUUCUGUGUCAGAUUAUACAACAAAACACUCCCCCAAAUGUAGGCUGUUGAUUGCAAACAAAGUUUUUAAAGUUGCGUACAAAAAAGUUUUUUUUUCAAUUUGAAAUCAGGAUGCAAAAAUUAGUACACUCCAAUCAAAGUUCUGGGAGUUAAAUUUUAGUGACCAUAUCACUCUUAUUUUCAUCUUGUGGUAAAUAAAAUGUUAUUAAACUCAGCUUUGUCAAAACUUUGGAAAUUGGACUUUUGUUCAUCUAGAUAUUGAGUAAUACAUUGCUUUUAAUAGGGGUUGUACUGACUUAUGCUGGGCACUGUAUGUCAGUAGUUGGCUUAGUAGUGUGCAACAGUCUUCAAACCCAUAUUUUUCCAUUUCUAAUCAUGUAAUGCAGUAAAUCCUCAGAAGAGAUACGUUUCUGCUUUUGCUCAAUAACUUUCUAAUAUUGUUCUAUCUUUUUGAUUGAUCCCUCUCAUUAUGGUGUCACCACACAAAAAGGCUGUCGGCAGCACUUUGCAUAAAGGUUACUUGUCUCUGUCUGAUCAUUGUUGAGGCUUGUUACACUAGGCUACAAAAUAUUGUCAUGAAUGGUGGUUUUUCACAUCCGCCACUAGAGUGCCAUUGUUUCCUCUCUUCCUUUUUGACAGGAUUCUUAUAAAUAGAAACCGUUUAGCUUUGUGCUGUUGUCAGGCAUGUUUAUUUCUAUUCAUUUUAAUAUGCUCUGUCUUCAUCAGCCUGCUGGUCAGACCAAAAGCAGUUUGGAUAAAGGUGCCUCAGCCAAGAAGGAGGAACUCAAUGCAGCAAGAAACGGAGAGAAGAAGCCAGGUACUGGAUUUGUAUACCUGAAGUUUGAGAUAAUGUGUGUGAUGAGUUCACAAUUUUUAUAAAUUUUUAUCAUCAGAAAUAUGAAAUAACACAAUAACAGACACAAUAAAAAUGUCUGUAAUUUGAAAAUAAUGCAAAGUUUAGGGGGAAAGUACCCUCUGCCAAAAGAAUAACAGGGAGAACAGAAAAGAAAAUUAGGUAACCAAAACUUAGGGCAGCUCCAGAGUAGAUACGCAGACAUACACACAAAGACAUUUAUUUUUCACUUGUAGAUAAAGUUGCAUGAACACAUGAAAAAUCCUGUCAAUCAGUGUUCACGUCCUCUCAAAGGUAUUCUACCUCUCAUUUAAGUCUUUAAUACUCCCCUCGUUUGCUAGUUUUGCUUUGGACACUGAGUGGCCAUCAUUUAUUCCUGCCAGGAGCUUUAGCCACUCUGAAAACUCCAGUUUGAUAAGGACUCUUCCAGUUGCAUUAAAUAUGAUGAAACUUGUUACGAUCAGAGUGGAUUUAGAAGGCACAAAAUAUGACCCCUGGCAAAAUUAACUGAUUCUGGAAGGGGUUACUCAAACCAGUUCCUGCCACAGGCCUUCAGUUUUCAAACUCUCCAGGUCUUUCUGCCGUAUUGACUUUAGAGAUUCCAGCUUGAUUUUUGACAUUUCCCUCAUAAAAUAUUGAAGCAGAGAGUUGAGCACUAGCAGAGUUAGUCCAGAGACUGAUGCUCAUCAGCUGUGAUACUUCCAGAAAUGUCCUUUGUCAGUCAAAUGACAUAAACCAGCUACUUUUGUACAUAUUAUUAACGUUGUUUAUCCCUUUUACUAGUGUUUUAUUCUAUUGGUUUUUUUCCUACACAAAUGGAAGUAUUAUUCCAAAUAGAGGAGUAACUUUGUCCUAUCAUUCCCAUGUACAACAAAGAGAGAGAGGAACUUAAUUGUGUAACAGUGCUUUAUCCUUCAGUGUGGAAAGGAUUCUGGAUACUUAGUGAGGCAGACAAAUCAGGCAGUGCAACUUUUUAACACUCUUGUCAUUGCAAGUUAUGCAAAUGAACAUUUUGAAGCAAAAAAAGUCUCCAGUUUGCAGCAACAGCGAAAUCCCCCCAAACAGACAGUGUCUUGAAAACCAGUGCGAGUUCUAGUCCAGAAUUUUUGGUACCUUUUAUUCUGUUGUUGCUUUCGUUAUUUCUUUGUUUGUUUCUUUAAUAGAUGGAGACAAAGAGGUAGCAGCCAGACUGGCUUCCUCCGCUGCAUCAGAGACGAUGCUGAAUGGCACCGAAUGUGACGAGAUAAGACACAAAAGUCUGACACACGGUUCCACAACAGGCAACAAGACUUUCCCGUUGGAAAAUGGCAUGUUGGACUCAGAAACACCCCACGGUUCUGUUACCGGAAGUAAUGGAUUAAUUCUCUCUAAGCAGCAGCAGGAGGGCGGCUCUCCCCCUCACAGGACUAACUGGUCACCUUCGGGGUCAUUGACAGGGGGACACACAGCCAAACCCUCAGCAUCUGGGUGUGCACAGAGUUCGGGUGCACUAAGGACUGAACCCAGUGCAGAAACCACGUCGGGACAAGGAGCUUCUGACACUAAAAAUGGCACAGCCUCGCCGCCUGUACCGGCUCCGGCACCAGUCACGAUACACCGAGCUCGCAAGACCAUGUCCAGACCUGCUGUCAGCCCGGCACAAAAGGUAAACCACCUGAACCUGGUGCAUUACCAGCUACUUGUUAACUGAUAUGAGGUACCUCAUCCAACCUUAUCCAAAGGGCAACUGGACUUGUUUGAAGGUCUUGGUGUAGAAUUGAUGCAGUCUGUUGUAAAGUCUCAUAUUAACAUUGAUGUAUGUUGAUGUUAUUUACAAUGUACAGUCUAGUGCAUUGGGACCACAUGCUGAAAACUGAUGUGUCUGUUACAUCCAGUGACUCCAUUGUGUUAUUAUGCUGUACAUGCCAAGGUUGGAAAUACUGGACCAUUUCAAAAGCCUUCCUGUACAUUCUCAGAUUUUGCAAUGAGCAGUGUAUCCACACGUUAGUGUAACAACAGACUCUGACAAUGUGUAGACAUUGCAGCAAGAUGUGGUGUUCAAUGAUCGGGCCACUAGGGACUAGAUUUAAUGGCCCAAACCUGCUGUGGAUACCAAAAGUUUUCACAGCGGUCAUAAAUGUGGCCCAACACACACAAGCUUACAUUAGGGGUGUCCCGAUACAAUAUUGGUACCGGAUAUCGGUCCGAUAUCAGCAAAGAAACGAAUAUCGGAUGAUAUCGGCCCGCAUCUAAAGUCUCUGAUAUCAGCACUCCGAUACAAACAGUGUUCACAACAACAGUGUGUACUCAGGUACAAACAAAGUAGCAAGGAGUAGGAGUGACGUCGGCCAUGUGGCAGUAUUUUUUGUUGAAGUCCAAACAGACAUUGCAACUAAGUGCAAAACUAUUCAUGCCCAAGUUUGUGCCAAUAUCGAAUCAAUAUCAGUAUUGGCCAAUACUGAAGGCUACAAUACCGAUAUUGUAUCGAGAGUAAAAAAGUUGUAUUGGGACACCGCUAGUUUACAUACUACCAGACCAACGUAGUGUUCCCAGACCACUACUGUAUGUGAAAUGAGGGAUCAGAUCCCGGCAUGCAUUGAUGAGCGUCCAUAACUAGAGAGAAAGUUAUGCACUUGUGAGCUGAUCACCUGGAUGUGUGUGAACAGUGUCUCUGUGUGAGCUCACAGUCACUCCUGCUCUGCCGACAUGGUUAAAACAAAGAAAGAGUCACACUGUUUUAAAAACAGAAGGUUGACUAAGUCCGACUUUGUGUUUCAGCGCUCAUUUCUGUCAGACACGAAUCAUGUAGAAUCAUACUGUGAUCUUAGAGAGAGAGAGAGAUCAAACUACUUUGGCAGAUUUAACCUGCAUGGUUAUGUCAAAAUUUUGGUUUAGGCUCGAUCAGAUAAUGGUUCUUGUAUCUCUUUUUGAUAGAAGUUAGUCCACCCUCUACAUUUUUUCACAGUGUCAUUAGGAUGCGACUUACAUAGAUUUGAAUUUUAUCAGGAAGUAAAAUUCAUGCAGGAAGUACCAGACUUUUAGUAUUUGACUGAAGAGCUUUCCCUGAGUGCUACAUCAGAAACAAACGUGAAGUAAAUGUAUAUUUCUGUUCUUUGAAAACCACAUAUUGUAAAUUUGAAAAGUACGUUUCGUUGUGCUGAUUCCUGAUUUGAAAAAUAAUCUCAAAAAUAAACAUGAAUGUAGUGUGAUAAAACCAAGAUCUUGAUUUUGCCAUAAAAAAAACAAAUGGUGAUAUAAUAUUUUUACCAUAUUGCCCACCCCAUUUAGGCUAAAACCUGACUAAACGCACUGCAGCACAGCUAAGAGUGACUCUGUACACGCAGGAUUCUAGGUAACAGUAGUAUUCCAACAUGAAGUCACUUGAUAUAAUAGGAGGGCAAAAAUUCAACAGGGAGAAACAUGCAAAACCUGUGAAGAUGCUGUUCACUGUGAGCCCAAACUUGUGUGAACAAAUGAGGGGAAAGGAUGCCGUUUUAUCCUCCUUCUGUAAUAGUUAGAAACCCCAAAUUGCACUGGGAAUAAAGUUUGAAUUCUUUGCUAACACAGUCAUUGUUCCUUCCUUGUCACUUUCAGCUUCUUAACAAGGAAUUAAGAGAAGCCAGGAACGCCAAAUUGGAGAAGAUUGACACUCAUGUUGCACCUGACGCUCAGAAAUCCUCACAGCAAUCCUCCACUCAGAACCAUCUACCUCAGAGUACACCGGGUACGCCAGCUUCAGCACAAACAGCUUCGUCAACCACACCAGCACCCUCUGCAGCUCCAGCAACAUCGCCUGCUCCAGCACCUCCACCUGCUUCAGCAUCUCCACCUACUUCUGCAGCCCAGAUAGCCCCCUCAGCUCCUGCACUUCUUGCAGCUUCUUUGACUUCUGCAGCUCCUGCCAAGCUCCAACUAGGUGAGACACAAAAAAACACGACCUGUUGCAGAAAAACAGACUUUAUCCUCUUUAUUCUCAAGAGAAAGUAGGCUUCAUAACCUUUUUUUUGUUUAAUUGGGAAUUUGUGUUGUUCCUUUUUGCCAAAGGCUCUUUCUCAGGAGGUUUGACGUCUCGCAAGAAAAAGAGAAGGAUGGGGACGUACAGCCUCAUUCCCAAGAAGAAAACCAAAGUGCUUAAGCAGAGAUCUGUGCUGGAAAUGUUUAAUAAGCUCCAACAGUCUGCCAAGAGCCCAGAGGUCUGAACUCCUCACUUUUAUGAGAACAAAACAAAUAAAAACAAGCUAAUUCCUUCUUGGCUAAAAUCUGUUUUUGAACGUCACAUUUUGAGAUCAAUCUCUUUCCCUCUUGUCUUUUGAUGUCUCAUAGACGAAAGAGGUAGCAAACGUCAACGGGGCGAAGGUCGAAAAUGCAUCUGAGGAGGAUGAAUCUGAGGAGGUGGAGUCUGAAGAAGAGGAGCGACAGCAUCAAUCUAAAAAACCUGUCAGUGCUGCUAAGGAACAAACAUCUGGACCCAUCGAACAGGUAUCAAGUUAUUCAUAUUAAUAUUGUGCACGCAAAGCAGCAGAAAGCAAAGAGAGUACAAUAAACCUGUUACUGAUUAAUCAAAGAAGCAGUGUGGACCACAUAUUAAUAACAAUUGAUGUAUUCACUGUUCUGGUGGAGGUGGAAGAGGAGCAGGAGUCUGAGGAGUCUGAAGAAGAGGAGGGAGAGGAGGAAGGCACAGAGUCUGACUUGGUAAGACCCACUAACCUCUUGAUAUUAACCUUAAUGUUGUUGUUGUUGUCAAUAAACAAUUUUUACUUCAUAGUUGAGAAUGAGUUUUUGUGUCCUUGUCUGUCUCAGAGCACAGAGUCGAGUCUGAAGAAGAGGCUGAAGAAGAAAGCAAAAGCAGACAGCGCGUGGCUACGGCCGUCAAGGAAACGCAAGAGGAAGAUGAAGAGUAGAGGUGACUUUCAACCUUGAUGUUUGAAUUUUGAUCUCACAGGAUAGGGCUCAGUCUCAGUCUAAAGAUGAGUGUGGUCUUACAUCAUGGCUAUUGUACUCAGGUCUCCAUCCAAAAAGUCGUUGUUCUAGAGCUCAAAGUUAUAAGAUCAUGUAUGAAACGACACUGAAUCGUUUUCUAAUUAGUCGCUGUGAUGGUUUCCAGAAGCAGAAGGACUGGAUCAGCUCCAGGGUUCAUCGAAUGCUCAGGCAGGAGACAAAAAGGACUACACACAGGUCCCCUCACCUGAGUCUGCCAGCUUCAACAAGCCUGCAACACCUGCUGCUCUCUCACAGAACAAAGGUGAGGGAACAAAGAAACGUGUUUAGACUCCAGUUAAGAAGACGAGGUUCAUGUCUGAUUCAGCGCCCCAUCACAGAGAGUCCAUUACAUUCUACAGAUGAGGGUUUUCACAAUACCGGGGUUUUGAAUUUCAACACAAUACCAGGAUGAAAUCAAACAGCACUGACACCUUUUACAAUAUAUUUAUACCACAGCUACAAAAGUGGGACUCUUAAACACCCUAAACUGUUAUUUUUAUUUUAUUACUGUAAUGUUAAAAGCUGGUACAGUAAAAGUUAUGAAAAGUCUCCAACAUUUGAUCUACCAUCAGGUAAAAGUAGAAGGCGAUUUUCCCAAAAAAAGAGGUGUGAUGCUGUGAUUUAAGUCUACCUGAUAUAAAGAAGUCAGAUUUCUCUUGUUCAUCUGUGGUGGUUUUUGUGCAUGAAGCCUGAGAGAUCUGUUUGUGUUUGUUUUAAACAAAUGGAGACAUAAUAUUCACCGUCUGUCUGCAGUCACGUCUGGGUCCGCGAUUGAGGAGGCUCAGGAGCUCCCGCUCUGCAGCUGUCGGAUGGAGAUGCCAAAGAGUCGAGAGAUCCUCACACUGGCAGACAGGAAGUGCAUGGCCACCGAGAGCGUGGACGGACAGCUCACCCGCUGCCAGAACGCCAUACUGAAACACGAAAUGAUGCGCCCCUCAAACUCCGUUCAGCUGCUGGUUCUCUGUGAGGACCACCGAAACGGUAUGGUGAAGCACCAGUGCUGCCCCACCUGUGGCUUCUUCUGCAGGGCUGUGAGUAUACCGUCACACAUCUUCAGACCUGAUGAGUAUGUUUACAUGGACUCGAGUGUCCUGGUUUUGAUCAGAUUUAAAGUAUCCCAUUUUUGUGUUUGAGCAUAAACAUUGUUCAGAUUUCUCAGUGUGCAUGGAAAUCCCACAUUCCAAAUCUGAUUAAAACAGAGACACAACUCUUGACUGGAAUAAUCAAUCCUAUGUGAACAUAUUCAGUGUCUUUAUAAGUGAAAAAUGUAGUGUAAACUAUUUUACAUUUGAACCCCUCUGAUAAACUUUGAAUUAACAGAUAGCUUUUGUUAGCAUGAGUUAAAAAAAAAGCCAUAACCGUAUCCAAAAACAGGCAGCAAACAUGGUCAGUAAAAGUUAGUGUUCAGUCUUCAAAGCUAUGGCCAUAGCUCAGGGUGGUGGAUUUAUUUUUUUUAUUUUUAUUUUAUAUUUUUUUCCCAACAUGUGUGUGCAAAACAUGGAAGUAAACUGAAAACAAACAAACAAAACCAAUGAGAAUAUUCAAAACAACAAUUGAAAUAAACAAUAAUAACGAUAAUGUGAACCCAACAUGUCCGGCUCAUUUAAACCUACUCCUUCUCCACUACUCAAUUAACAGUCAGCAUCUCCAACAUUUAUACAUCAUAUUUACAAAAAGAUUGAAAAUAAAUUGAGUAAAUAAACAAGAACAAAAUUUUUCAAACUGGGUUAUGCCUGGACUACUGUCUCGAGGAGGACAAAACAUGGGACCUUACCUCUCAAUUUGAAGUAUUUCCAAGUACCCAUACUGAUGUUAGUGAUGAUGUUUCUUUAACUAGUGCAAUCACACCCUUCAACUCAUGAUCAAAUGGGUGAAUGGAGGCCAUCAUGCUUUGCAGGUCAUGCUCAUGGAGACAUCUGUCCUCUCUGUUGUGCAGGGAACCUUCAUGGAGUGCCAACCUGAUAUCAGCAUCUCUCACCGUUUUCAUCAAGCUUGUGCCUCAGUGCUCAAAGGUCAAAGCUUCUGCCCUCACUGCGGGGAGGAGGCCAGCAAGGCUAAAGAGGUCACCAUCGCAAAGGCUGACACCACUUCAACCGUGCCCUCUACGGUCACACAUGCACCUGCAACACAGGUGGUCCCUGAGGGCCGAGCCGACACCACCACGGGCAGGUAAACUGAACGCUGGUGUCACAAGAGGCACAAAAGCGAAACCAGCGAAUUCUUUGUGGAUUCUUUGUGUAACAUUUCGUCUCCACUCGCAAACACAGUACCAAAGUAACUGAUGAACUGAUGCACCUUUAACAAAAAUCUUCUUUUCAUCUCCUCUCCAGCUCUUCUCGUUCAGCUGCAGGGCCUGAUUUUAGCGGCAGAGCAGACAGCUCACAGUCUAUUCGUUCUCCACAUGGAUUUGACAGCACUGCUAUCCCCGGGUCAUCCAGAACCGCAACCCUGCAGGCCGGGGCUGGAACCGCAGUGUCACCUUCAGUCCAUCAAGGACCUAAAGAGACUUUGGAAAGUCUCCUCGUAGCUCUGGACACUGAAAAGUAAGGAUUGUCAUCUUGAUUUUUUUUCCUGAGAGACCAACAACGAGCAAUCCGUUGAAUGUUUUUCUUUGUGUGUGCUUGUGCUCAGGCCCAAGAAGCUGCGCUUUCACCCCAAACAACUUUACCUCUCAGCCAAACAAGGAGAACUCAAGAGGGUCUUGCUCAUGCUGGGUAUGUUGGUCUCUCCACUCUGUAUUUGUAUUUAUUUUAAACAUCCUUAUAUCCUCGAAUUAAAAGAUUGUUUUCCUUCCUCAUUUUCUUUCAGUGGAUGGUAUCGAUCCUAACUUUAAGAUGGACUCUCAGAAUAAACGCACCCCGCUCCACGCUGCAGCCGAAGGAGGGUUCAAAGAUAUCUGUCACGUGCUCGUACAGGUAAGACUCCUGACUGAUCCUGUCUAAGUCCUGCCUGUCCCGUAGUGAACCUUCAGGCAGCCCCUCCCAGAAUCUGAUCUCAUCUGUCCUGAUGUGUGCCACUUCAGGCUGGUGCGAACUUGGACAUAUGCGAUGAAGAUCAGCGGACGCCUUUGAUGGAGGCCUGUGAGAACAACCACAUGGAGACAGUGAUGUAUCUGCUGAGAGCUGGAGCGAGUGCCUCACACAAGGUGAACCUGCAUCUCCAUAUCUCAAGAGUUUUAUCAGAUCCUUAUCCUUCUUUGUUAUCAUUCAAACAUGUUCAUUAGACAGGUUUCUUUGUUCUUGGCGUCUGGAUUUGAAAGAUGAAUUAUUUUAGGGCAUGCUUGUUUUUCUGUUGACUUUUUCUGGUUGAAAGUUGAGUAAUGAGACUGUCUGCUGCUUUCAGGACGUUGAAGGGUUCACCUGUCUCCACCUAGCGGCAAAGUGUGGUCAUUACGAGAUUGUGGAGCACCUUCUGUCUACGGGGUUGAUCAACAUAAACUGUCAGGUCUGGACAAAUUUACAUUUUUCUUUCGGCAAUUGUAAUCACCCCUGUUAAAGAAAUAUUUACAUAGGUUAUGUAUGUAUGUGUAUUAUUAUUGUUUUAAUCAAAUCCAGUUUUGUACAAGGAGUAAGAUACUUCUGCCUGGCUGUCUUACCUCACACAUGAGCUCUUGUCUCCAUAAGAAGAUCAAAAACAGGCAGCAAAGUGUUAAUAAUGUUCUAGAUGUCAGAGUUCAGUAAUUGGUUCUUGACAUUUUACUAUCAGGCUCAUUAAAGGAACAGCUGAUUGAAUUUCAAGAAGCUGAUAAACUGAAUUUCCUUGUUGGAGCUUAAUGAGCCGAAAUACUGACUGCACAACUUGAUUUUUCAAAACAGUGUUGUCAGACUCGGGUUUAGGUGUCUAACUUAAGUUUGACUCAGCUCAAAGUUCCUGGAACUUGUGACUUCAUGGCUCAUAUUUGCAGUCAGAGUAGAGCAUUGACUAUAUUUGGUCUCAGAAGAUGGAGAGGCGGACUGAGAUUUACUCAGUGAAAAAGUCUCUUGAAAAACUCCAGCUCAUAUAGAAAGCUGCUGCCAGAGUUUUCGAUAAAUGUUCCUCAUGUGCUCCAUACAGGCACCGGAGAGAGAGCUUUCUAUUUUGAUCAAUUUCUCCUUUGACUUCCUUUAGUUGUGAAGCACUUGAGGCUGCACAAAAGGUACUCUACGAAUACAGUUGAGCUGAGUGCAACAUACUCUGUCUACUUUGUCUAACUGAUGUAAAAUAAUUUCCUGGACUGUGAGGGGAAAUGAGCUCCUUUGUUAAAACAUAAACAUACUUUGUGUGUUUUUUUAUACGUACAUCUGCAGUGGUGGGUGGGUCUUGUAAAAGCACUUUUUCCAGCUGUCAGAAUAAUUUUGUCUUAUUAAUAUCAUUCAAUUAAAUUUAGUUUAAAUGUUGAGCUCAUAGGACUAGAUAUUACAAUCCCUUAGAUUGACCAGCACUUGGAAUUGAGUGGGGGGGGGUUUAAGCUUCACUGGGGUCUUCAGGUGGGCACCCCCCUUCACUGGUGUUUCAUUGAUAGGCCCACGACACCUCCAGGGGGCUCAACGGCGACACCUGGCGUCCCAGGUGUGCCCCCCUCUGCUUUUACCCCUAGGUGGUCAUUUUGCAGCCCAGGUGGAGUCCUUUCUCUUGAUCCAGAGCCAUCUGCUGCUUCGUUCGGCAGCCUCUGAUACUGAUUUGAUGGCUCGUCGGAAGGCCUGUCCUCGUACUCCCAGUCUCUUCAGAAGCUUGGUUGUGGAUGUGGCCACGAAGCCUCUACACCCAACCUCCACCGGAAGCACCUGGGCCCUCCAGCCGCGCUUCUCUGCCUCAGCUGCUAUGUCCGCAUACUUCAGUCGUUUGCGCUCAUAUGCUUCACCAACUGCUGCCUCCCACGGUACAGUUAAUUCAAUGAUGAACGCAACCUUCUGGGUGGUUGACCACAAGACCAGGUCCGGCCUGAGGCUAGUUGGAAGGAUCUCAGGCGGAAAGAUCAGUUUUUGGUCUAGGUCAACCUGCAUCCUCCAGUCCCGGGCAGAGUCUAGAAGGGUUGCCUCCACUCUUGCAGAUGGUUUUGCUGGUGGUUGUCCUGCUCUUACAAAUGGGGUGGUGUUUGGGCGUCUAGGCAUUGGGGGAGGGAGGGCAUUGAUGGUUGUUCUCCUUCCUUCCAGAGUGAUCGCCAGUUGUCUUAGGACCUGGUUGUGUCUCCAGGUGUAGCGGCCUUGGGACAGACUGGUUUUACAGCCGGUGAGGAUGUGACUCAGUGUUGCAGGUGUUUGACAGAGUGCACAAGAAGGAUCUUCUCCAAACCAUUGGUUUAGGUUUUUGGGUGUGGGAAGAACAUCAUAGGUGGCUCUGAUGAUGAAGCUGAUUUGGCUUCCUUCCAUUUCCCAAAGAUCCUUCCAUGUGAGCUUACGAUGCUCCAGGUUUUCCCAGCUGGUCCACUGUCCCUGUUUGGACUGUGCUACUGCUGUCGCGCAUCUGUUUGCCUCCUCUUGUUGCCGAACCUGAGCAACCACCAGCUUUCUCCUCUGGGUUGAUGUUGCUUUGUGCCAUGUGGGUCGACUUGUUCCGAGUCCAAACCCGCCUCUUCCAUGCUGCACCUGUCCCACAAUGUCUCCAUGCCUGAGAGCAGAUUUGGCUUGCUGUACCGCCUCAGAUGGGUUCCAUUUCCUCCCAGUUGCCAGUCUGGGAGCAGCUGCACGGAUCACCUCAUCUUGCGACUCAGUCAGGGUCAUGUUCAGCCUCACCUUGGUGCACUUAAACUCCUCUGUGAGGCUAGAGAUGGGCAGUUCCAGGGCACCAUGUCCAUACAAGCCGAUGUUGCUGAGGCAACGCGGGAGGCCAAGCCACUUCUUGAUGUAUGAGCUCACUGUUCUUUCCAGCUUCUCGACUUUGGUCAUGGGGAUCUCAUAGACUGUUAGAGGCCACAUCAGGCGGGGGAGCAGUCCAAACUGCAGGCACCACAGUUUCAACUUGCCAGGAAGCAAGGUCUUGUCUAUGCUGACAAGGCCUUUGAUGGUUUCUUCCCUCAGCUGAUCACUCUGGUCCGAGUCUUUGAGAUGUGCGUUGUAUAGUCGCCCUAGGCUCUUGACUGGCAGUUCAGACACCAAUGGGAUGGGUGUGUCCUUGAUGUGGAACCUUUGGUCUGUGAGUUUCCCCCUGACGAUAGAUAGGAUGUGUGUUUUUUUAUACGUACAUCUGCAGUGGUGGGUGGGUCUUGUAAAAGCACUUUUUCCAGCUGUCAGAAUAAUUUUGUCUUAUUAAUAUCAUUCAAUUAAAUUUAGUUUAAAUGAACUUUAUUGGUAUAGAAAAAUAUAGCCAAACAUAAUUAUUAUGACAUUUUCUUUCUUUCUUCCUUUCUUUCCUUUCUUUUCUUUCUUUUUCUUUCUUUUUAUUCAUUCACAAUUGGACAAUAUUAUGGCAAAUCACAACAUAUAGCCAAAUGUAAUUGUUAUUACAUUUUCUUUCUUUCUUUCUUUCUGUCUGUCUGUCUGUCUGUCUUUUUCUUUUUAUUCAUUCCAACCAAGGCAAUUUCACAAUUGGACAAUAUCAUGGCAAAUCACAACAUAUAGCCAAACGUAAUUAUUACAACAUUUUCUUUUUUUCUUUUCUUCUCUCUUUCUUUUUUAUUUCUGUUUUACUUUCUUACUUUCUUUCUUUCUUUUUAUCCUAACCAAGGUAAUUUCUCAAAUUGACAAUAUCAUGGCAAAUUACAACAUUUCUUAUUCAUUGGUUGGAAGGGAGCAGGAAGAAGAUACAUCUUGUAUUGUGUGCCCCUCACUCAGUGUCUAAUUACUCUAAUAAUCUGUCACUGAGCAACAUUCUUACCACAUUACAAAACAACGACAAAUCAAACAGAAACAGAGUUUUAAGUUGACUUAGCAGCCAUUGAGCAGUAUGCAAUAAUCAAUGAAGUAUAUAUUUGAUUGAUACAACAUAUAAAUUGGUUACUAUAUUGUCAUUCACGACUAAAACACCAGGGGCUGACCAAAGAUCUCCAACUGGACUGAACAACCAAACAGACACUUAUGUGUUUCAGGAGUAGCUUCCUCUGAGCAGCAGUGUUUUGCCAUCUGCCCUUAAAUGUAAUUUGAGAGAAGUAAAUUAGAUGUAGACAUCUGGGGAAUAUAAACAGAGAAGACUGCAGAGCCUCUGAUGUGUCCUUCUUGGAUUGUCUGACCUUGGUGCAGCCAUUAGAAGACAAUGUAAUGACAAACUCUUUAGGGAAACUCAGUGUGUUGGUAACAUAAAAAAAAUCUUUUAGAGUGAUUGUGAAAAUCUUCUAUAUGUUGUUAUUCUUAAAAGCUUUGGCUGAAUUGUCUUUUUUUCCCUCACAGGAUGAUGGAGGUUGGACAGCAAUGAUCUGGGCAACAGAGUACAAACACGUGGACCAGGUGAAGCUGCUUCUGUCCAAAGGGGCUGACAUCAGUGUCAGGGACAAGGUAUCCUGGAGACUCCUCCUCCUCUUCAUUGGAUUUCCCUCAUCUUAUCAUCUCUCUAUCACCCAUUUUACAUGAUCAAGGAUCAAAUACAAUGCAGCAAUCGUUUUUUGUGGUUUUGCCGUCUAGGAGGAGAACAUUUGCCUCCACUGGGCAGCCUUUUCUGGCAGUGUUGAUAUUGCAGAGCUGCUUCUGAAUGCCCACUGUGACCUACAGGCUGUGAACAUCCAUGGAGACUCACCUCUGCACAUCGCUGCUCGGGAAAAUCGUUUAGAUUGUGUUACGUGAGUGACAACUUUAAAGGGACAAACAUUCAAGAGUCGAACUUUCUUUCUGAGUUGUCCUAAAAAAAUUAGCCUGAUUUGAUGAAGUAACUUAGGAGAGUUUUUAGAAGUGGCUUGUUGUUGUUGACGAUCAGUAUCUCCUCAGGCUUUUCCUGACUCGAGGAGCAGAUGUCUUUCUAAAGAACCGGGAGGGAGAGACCCCUCCAGACUGCUGCAGCCACAACUCAAAGGCUUGGGCGGCUCUGCAGGCCAACAGGAGGGAGAGAGACAAGAACAGCAGGCAUGCACGAGUAGAGCAAAAAAUCCUUCACAGGUACAUCAUAUAUCACUCUUUCUGUCUCACUUACAGGGACUAAACUGGAGAAAAAGUAAGGUCAAGAGAAGAAGGAGUUACACUGGGGUUGGCAUGUCACAGUGGAUGAAUUCGGAGCAAAAAAAGCAAUCCGAUUUGAUCCCGGCAGCUGUUUGUUCCAGUGCCUCUGCGACAGAUUUUUCAGAUUUUGACAGCCUCAAACCAAAGUCUUCUCCUUUCACAGUGACAUCGCUCUCGGGCAGGAAAGAGUCCCCAUUCCCUGCGUCAACUCUGUCGACAGUGAGCCUUAUCCAGACAGCUACAAAUACAUCUCUGAAAACUGUGUCACCUCCCCGAUGAACAUCGACAGGAACAUAACACACUUACAGGUGAGUUAGAAACCAUUUCAUUUGGUAUUCCCAAGGAACUGUUUUUUUUCCCCCUCUGUUCUUGGCAGUAUGAAGUGACUGUAAAUUUGUUCUUUUUAUUUAACAGUACUGUGUUUGUAAAGAGGAUUGUUCGACAAGCAUCUGCAUGUGUGGACAACUCAGUCUGCGCUGCUGGUAUGACAAGGUAAAGAGAUUUCUAAGUAGAUCAUCUUUUUUUAUCUGACAUACUCUGAAGCCUGAUUCAUACUUCUGCAUCAAAUCUGCACUGUAAGUUCCCUUUGUCGCGUAUCUACCCACAAACAAAUGUAGCCUGUUAACUGUACUUAAGUGUGGGUUUCUCCUGGUUCUGUAGAGCGGCCGUCUCCUGCCUGAAUUUGGCCACGAGGAGCCUCCUCUGAUCUUUGAGUGCAACCACGCAUGCUCCUGCUGGAGGACCUGUAGGAACAGAGUGGUUCAGAACGGGCUCAGGUGAUUAAAACUUCAUCUCUCUGUGUAUCCCAAUAUAUCCAGCAUGUCCAAAUAUCUUGAGAAGACAACUGCUGGAAUGAAAGAGCAUCUCUCCUGCAAUACAGACCUCUAUCGAAGAUUGAACUCUUUUCAUCUGAUUUACUAACACUGUGGUUAGAAGGAGCCUUAUAAAAAUGUGCACUAAAACACCUCUCUCCUUGUCGCACUGUGUGAGGAAGCACUUUUCAAACAUCUCAUAGAUGAGUCUUGUGUAGUCAGGGCUGUGAGCUGACAUGUACGGCCUUUUUCGGUCAAAUUUGUAAAUGUUUAGGAUAAAAAUAUCUGCUUUAAAUAAGAAAAGUGAGAGAAACAAAACUGGAACUUGGUGCUGUUUUCAAUCCUGCAGGACCAGGCUUCAGCUCUUCAGGACCAGUAAGAAGGGCUGGGGUGUUCGUGCACUGCAGGACAUACCACAGGGGACCUUUGUGUGCGAGUAAGUCUCAUUCAAGAAUUAUCCACCACUGCAGGUGGACUUUAUUUUGUUCCCUAAGCCUUCGUUUGAUUGUUGGUAGAUACAUCCUGCUACAGCUUGCAUUCUGUCUUAUCUUUCGAGUUCAAAGUUUGGCCUCUGACCACAAAGAGCCUGUUUUGUCACCCUAACCUGCACUCCUCACAUAUGUUGUGUGUCUGUAUCUCUUUCCAGAUGGUAGCAGGAGAGAGACAUAGUUUUCACUUGUGCAAAUGAUGUAACUAAUGUGCAAAUCAUUUCCUCGCUAAUUUGAUUAUGAUGGCAUUUAAGUUUUUGCGUGGUAUCGUAAUCAACCAAUCUUUAUUUACAUAUCACCGAUUCAUGACAGUUAUCUUAAGACGCUUUAGAAAAAAAGGUACAGAGCACAGUUUUUGUUUUGUUUUUUUGAAGAAAAAAACAACAGCAAGAUAAGACCAGUCUCAUGAAGAAAUGUAACGCCCACUCCUAUCUCAUCUUAAUCCUCUGAGUGAAAACCCUUUGCAGCUUUUAGCGAAUUCCAGUGGAAGGGAAGACAGAAACCUCAAGCAGACCCAGACUUUUGUUACACGGUAAUCUGCUGAGACUGUGUUAAGAUUGGAAAGAUGGUGGAGAGAGAUCAAGAGAGAGAUGGAUAGAGACAGUCGUCAGUUGUUGGCAGUUGCUGCCUGACUUGAGAGGGCUCAGUAGAUGAAUGUAUUAAAUAAAACUUUGGGGUGAAAUAUCUUAAAAGUUUAAGAAAUACAUCAAAAGAAUGUGAAUUCUUUGAAGCGCAGUAUCUCAGAACUGCAGUCCCCUCAAAUGAAACCUUUUAAAUCCACCAUCAUGAAAUCUUGACACGUUUUAAACAGCGUGAGUAAAAAAUGUCUCACUAAAGUCUGCAGCUGCUGACGGGUCACCUUCUCCUGAACAGGUAUGUUGGGGAGAUCAUCUCUGAAGCAGAGGCAGAGAUGCGGCAGAAUGAUGCUUACCUGUUCAGCCUGGAUGAUAAGGUAAAGCUGGGAAAUCAAGCUUUUUGUAAAAAAGAAAAAAAAAAACAUGAACUGAAUUUUUUGGAGAUGUGAGAGAGGAAAAAAUCCUUUAAUACCUCAACUUUUGAUUCCUUUCAGUCCAACACUCUCCUCUCUGCUGUGCUCUUACUGCUUAUUUUUCUCUUUGACUCUUUCAUUUAUCUUGUCUCUCAGCCACAGGAUCAAUACUGCAUAGAUGCCCGUUUCUAUGGAAACAUCAGCCGCUUUCUCAAUCACAUGUGCGAGCCCAACUUGUUCGCCUGUCGAGUGUUCACGACUCACCAGGACCUCCGUUUCCCACACAUUGCCUUCUUUGCCAGUGAAAACAUCACGGCUGGAGAGGAGCUCGGGUAAGGAAUUAUUUAAAGGCGAUUUAGUCAUCAUGCUGUCUUUCUGGUUGAUCACGACAGAUGCUGCAGUUUUGGCUCGCAUGGAAAAAUGAAUGAUUCAUUUCUCUUUCCUGACUGGCAUGUCCCAGUCUGAUUCAUGUGAUUGUUCAGCUUUAUUUUACACACAUGAAGUGGCCGAUGUGACAUGCAACGUGACUGAAGUAACGUCAUGAAAUAUAAUUUGUGUGAACGAUUUGAACACCUGAACUCUUGCUUGACUCUAGAUCAAAAUAUUAAAGGGAUAUUCUGGCAUAAUAUUAAUUUAGGGUCAAGCACACCGUAACACAGAGUUAGACACCCCCUCAAGAGAUGAAUGUUGUUGACUGCUCGCUUCUUUAGUUAUGCCAACUUUGGUAACAACCGCAGGAUAGCAAUACACAGCUGUCUAUGGAAACACACAAACCUCAACCAAAACGCCACUCUAUAGCCACAAAUAAUGCUGAGAACAGCACCUAAUUUCAUUAACAGUACAUACAGGGUCCCAGCCAUAGUGCUAGCCACCAAACAUCUUUUAGCUUUGCCUGUUUUCUUUAGCAAAGAGACCAGACACAACUCACCUACUCUCUUCCAGCAGCCUCUUGUUUGUACUGAGACCUCAGGCCAGUCCAUUACCGCAGCGGGGUGACGCAGCUCCAGGAAGAACAUUUAUGAUAAUUUCUUAAUCAUUUCCUUGAAGUAAUAAUCACCAUAUUAAUCAUUUUGCACUGCAGACGCGGUAGUUCUUCUGCCUUAGUGUCUCGGUCUGAUUGCAUUUCCAUGAAGAAAUGAUCAUAAAUGUUCUUCCUUGAGCUGCAUCACCCUGCAGCAGUCUGUAAUAGACUGACUCAAGGUCUCUGUACAAACAAGCAGCUGCUGGAAGAGAGGGGGUGAGCUGUUUAGUCUCUUUGCUAAAGAAAUGAGGCAAAGUUAAAAAGAUGUUUAGUGGCUAGUGCUGUGGCUGGGACCCUAUAUGUACUGUUGAUGAAGUUAGGUGCUGUUCUGAGCAUUAUUUAUGGCUAUAGAGUGGCGUUUUGGUUGUGGUUUGUUUGUGGCUCCUCAGACUGCUGUGUAUUGCUAUCCUGUGGUCGUUACUGAAGUUGGUAUAACUAGAGAAGCAAGUGGUCGGCAACAUUCAUCUCUCUCGGGGGUGUCUAACUAGUUGUUAAAGUGUGUUUGACCCUAAUUUAAUUUUACGCCGGAAUAUCCCUUUAAUUAUGAUUUGUAGGGUUCCUCUUUCUUUCCAGAAAGGUGGCAGCCACUGAAAGUAACUUUGUGUCGACAAAAAUUACUUCUUCCAAAUUAUAUCUUUUAAAUAACAGUUUUAGUCUGAAAUCAUUCACUUUGUCUUCUUCCCCUCUUCAGGUUUAACUAUGGGGACCACUUCUGGGAAGUCAAAAGCAAGCUGUUCAGCUGCGAAUGCGGCUCCUCCAAGUGCAAGUUCUCGUCGGCAGCCAUGGCGUCGCUGCAGGCGGACAGCACACCGGAGAACCAGCAGCAGCCCAGUGCGUCACCGGACACCAGCUCUUCCAACGGCCCCUCCAGUCCUUCGUAAAAGCCUGACACUAAGCGUCGCUGCAUGUACACAGGACUGACAGACACACAGAGGCGCCCGUCUCCAUCCUCCUUCGACUUUUAUCAGAGAACUUGUACUGUAUCUCCACUUCUGAUAAAAAAAACAACGGACCAGUGACCUUUGUGAAAACCCGUUUAAACGCUGCCACACUGAACCAGAUGCACAAUCAAAUCCUGAAAAACAAACUGCUCCUUUAUUCCACCAGGUGUGAUAUGAACAGCAGGGGGCAGCAUUAUCACGCACAGUAAGUCGGAGGGACAGUCACAUCUAGUAUUUACAUUUCAUACAGAACUUUACAGGGGAGGAGAACAGGGCAUUUUGUUGUCUUUUUUUAGAUACCUGGAUGACGUGUUUAAUGGCUUUUCCUACGGUGUCAUGAUCAACUUAAUCAGCUGAUUGAGGACAAAAGUCAUGUUGUCUUUUGCGAAGGCAACCUCAGCUCACAGCUGUGUUAAAUUUGUUUGACCUUUGUGGUUAUUCACCAUGAACCAUUCCAACAAAAUUAGCUGAUGAAUAUUGACUUAUUUUGCCACUUUUUGUGUAAAUCCAUUUUUGCGGCAGAGUUUAAACAGAUGUGUCCAACCUUUGCCUCCAUAGUCAAGUAUGAAUUGAUGGAAUAAUUAUGUGAUGACAAAAAAGUGGAUUUCUAUUCAUUUACAGCUCAAGUGAGAACAGAUUGCCCGUUAGAAAGAUGCUGUACCAUUCCUCAAGAAUGAGGUGAUUCUCGUCUGAAUAGAUUGGCAGACUUUUUUUAUUUUAGCAUGUUUAAGGGGAUUUUAAUGUGUCAGGUAUUUUGCCACACUUGCUACGAAUUAAUUACGGUGAAAUGGCGUUACAAAAUUUCCAUGAAAAUGGUGCUGAAAAGGGUUUUUACUUUUGUUUUCAUUUUUAUUACAAAAGUGAACAUAGUUUGUAAAAUAUAAAUAAACAUUUUAAGUUUUUUAUGUUUAAUUUUAACUUGUUUUCUAAUUGUAGUUACUGUACUUAGGCUGUUUUUAAUUUUGUUUCAUGAUUUUGCCGACAGAAGCCAACUUGUCUUUUUAAAUGUUGUAAGUAAAGCAGUGACUGUUGUGCAAAGUCUUGAAAGAUAUCAUUGAAAAAAAGGUUAAAAAUGCACUUCCAUAACUUUCUGUUACAUAUUUCUUGACCGUGAACCAUCCAUCUAAUUGGUUGUAUCUUUUUCAAUAAAUUUACUACUAAUGCAUUUUUUUCUGACA